AAAAGCAAAAACCCCUCAUACGUUAAGCCCUUUAAGCUAGGCAAGGAGAUGGGGAUCAAUCACCAAAUACACAUCAAGUCCUGCUCUCUGAGUACUCUCCCACAGACAAGAUUUUUGGACUUUAAAAUUUAAUCAAAUUCAUUUCACAAAGGAGUUAAGUUAACUCUCCCUUGACCACAUUGUUUGGUUAGGCUUGUUUCUCAUGGAGCAUCAUCAGCAGCAACAAUUAUUGUCACACUUGUGAGGUGAGUUUUGUGAGGAGUGGCACUCUAAAGGUGGUUAAUUCUGAACUCCCAUGAUUAGUAAUGUGCCAUAUUUUUUGGAAGAGAGAGGGGAUAAACAAAAAUUAAAAAGGAAAAAAAAAAAAAAGUAUAUGGCCACAUCAUUGAAAUCUCCCUUUAAAAGAUGGCCACAACUUCACUAACAAGCUAGAAAGGCCUAAUCCAGCUGAGAAAAAAAAUGGAUGUAGAGAAAGCCUUCCACAUGACUGGAGGAGUUGGCAAAACUAGCUAUGCCAAGAAUUCCUCACUACAGAAGAAGGAAUCUGAUAAAGUGAAGCACAUAAUCAUACAAACAGUUGAGGAGCUUUACCUUGCAACCACUCCAAAGAGCAUAGGCAUUGCUGAUUUGGGAUGUUCCUCUGGACCAAACACCCUAUCAAUCAUCAAAGACAUCUUUCAGGCCAUCCAAGGCACAAGCCAAAGGAUCAUGCACCACUCCACAGAGUUCAGGGUGUACUUCAAUGAUCUUCCAACAAAUGACUUCAAUUCAAUCUUCAAGGCCCUCCCAGAGUUCCAAAAGUUGCUUAGGCAAGACAGGAAAAAUGGGUUCCCUUCCAUUUUCAUGGGAGGCUACCCUGGCUCAUUUUAUGGAAGACUGUUCCCAAACAGUUACUUGCACUUUGUCCACUCCUCCUUCAGUCUUCACUGGCUUUCAAGGGUUCCUCCAUCACUCUAUGAUGAGCACAAAAGGCCAUUGAACAAAGGGUGUGUUUACAUUUGUGAAUCAAGCCCUGAAGUGGUGUCUCAAGCAUACUAUCAACAAUUCCAAGAAGAUUUUUCCUUGUUCCUUAGGUCAAGGUCAGAAGAACUAGUAGUAGGUGGAAGAAUGGUGCUGAUAUUUUUGGGGAGAAGGGGCCCAGAACAUGUUGACAGAGGCAACUCUUUCUUCUGGGAGAUUCUUUCCCGUUCAUUUGCUAUUCUAGUCUCACAGGGAGAAGUAGAGCAAGAGAAGUUUGAUUCAUAUGAUGUACAUUUCUUUGCACCAUCAAGGGAAGAGAUAGAAGAAGAGGUGAGAAAAGAAGGGUCAUUGAAGUUGGAGAGGCUAGAGAUGUUUGAAAUGGACAAGAGUCACAAUGAGCAUGGAAGUGAUGAGAGCUAUGGCACACAGGUUGCUGUGGCAGUUAGGGCCAUUCAAGAAUCAAUGAUCUCACACCACUUUGGAGAAGGGAUCUUGGAAAGUUUGUUUCAGAAUUUUGCAAAGUUGGUAGAUGAAGAAAUGGCUAAGGAGGAUAUUAGACCAAUCUCUUUUGUUCUGGUUCUCAGAAAAAUAUGAUACUAUGAUUAUUAUUAUUAUUAUACAAAAAUAUUAAUUAUAUAGUAAUAUUAAUUAUUUUGGUUUGCAGUAAUUAGACGUGUUUAAAUUGCAGCCAUUUACUGCCCAUCACUGUAAUCAUCAUGAUCAGUCUAAUGUAAAGUGUUGGUGUUUCGGUUUAAUUUCCUUCAUGUUAUCAUGUAUGUAUGCAUACUCUUCUUGUAUGGGGUAUUUAAUCAUAUAUUUGAAGAUUUUAAAAUAUACUAA